AUGAUGUCCGUCAUAUCACGGACGAAAACUCAGCGCGUGUUCACGGGAAUCGAAGGAGAUUGCCUCGGAAACAGCGUCAGCAUGAAUGUUCCAGUAAAGCCAAUCGACAGCUGGUCAAGCAGGAGAUUGCCUCGGAAACAGCGUCAGCAUGAAUGUUCCAGUAAAGCCAAUCGACAGCUGGUCAAGAGGACUCAGAUUGCCUCGGAAACAGCGUCAGCAUGA